AUGGGCUGUGUAAUGUACCUGGCUGGCUUAUGUCAGAUGAAAUGUGUUUCCAUUCUUCAUGCAUUCAUUUUGUUUCUGUUCUUUGAUAACGCAGAGGCUUCCAAUAGAACUGACUCUGAAAGUGUUCAAAGUCAUCCUGAAGACGACCUCACGUCCAAUCAUAUCGCCGUCAUCCUCUACGUCACCAUCACCGUCGUCGUGAUCGAGAGCUUCAUCAUCUUCCUCCUCGGCGUCUAUGUCAUAAUGAACAAACAAAAGUUUCAGCCCCCUCCUACCCCAUCCGUGCCAUCCAUAUCGUCAUCGAUUGCGUCUCCAUCGUUAUGUUCGUGCGCUGACAUAUCCAGGAGGUGCCCCAAGUGUGAUUAUGACGUCAUGUUGGUGCCGAUGACGCCAAGUAUCUCCGUUUCGGAUGGAACAGAGAAAGUCAUGCCCGGUGAUCAAGGGCCGAUGUUUAAGCAUGGUCUUAAGCAUCCACUUGAUGAUGGAAUCUACUCAUACCAGCUCAAACAUGGACAUUUCGGUAAAGGAAAGGUGCAUCGUCGUCGUCGUCGUCAUCGACAUCAGUCACAUCAUCAUCAUUCAGAAGGGAUUCGUCUGCAAACCGCAGCAACCAUGAGCAAGAGGAGUGACCAGUUAGCUCCUCUCAAUGAUUUGAACAUCAACCUGCGGAUUAAUACCACACCCAAUCAUCACCGUCACGUGAUAUCUGAUGAAGCGACUUUGGCGCCAAAGGACACAUUCCCUGCAGACGGUAACCAACCUGGAGCCGGAAGUGGAUUCGUUCCCUUUUCGAUGGGCUUUCCGAAAGAGAACAAUGCACAUUUCGAGAAUAAAUAUGCCUAUAAUUUGGUAUAACUUAUAUAAAGUUUUAUAAAGCAUAUACAAACGCGUCUUUGAAAAUAAGUUGUUGUUCGUGUCUGAAGAAGGGGGAGGGGUGGCAUUUCUCCCCUCUCUUGGAUUGGCCUACGUUAUUGAACAGUGAUAAUUACUUUAACCAUGGACCUACAUUACUUAUGAAACCAUCAGGUCAAGUAUGAAUUUAGCAUUGUUCAACCCUGGUUCAAGGGGCCUGCGGUUUCUCUCUCUCUCUCUCUCUCUCUCUCUCUCUCUCUCUCUCUCUCUCCCUCUCUCCUUUUCUUCUUCUCAAUAUGGAGUGGUAUUUGUGUAUAAAUUAUUGUAUCCAGGUCAAUACAUUUUUUGGGAUAAUAAUAGCAGGAGCUGGAAUCUUUCAUUUCGGUGGCAUUGCGCUAACCACUACGCUAUACAAUUUAUAUUCAAUAAAUUAUGAGUUGUAUUCAAUCAAGCAUUUCAGUCUUCAUGGUUUGAGGAGGUCUAUGAUACAUUUAAUUGUCGGUUUUAA